GAACACUGCGUAGUUCAGAGUGGCCACAGACAAAAGGCAGGAGCGGGAGGGACAGGGCCAGCUCUGGGGCUCCUGGAGGCCAGGCUGAGCUGCUUAGACUGUGCCCGAAGUUAUGGGGAAGUCAUGAAGGGCUUGAAUAACGGGAGGCACCUGGCUGGAUUUAUCUCUGGGAAAAUGGGGCAGAGGAUGAACAGAAAGAGAGCAGGAAAGGGUCUCCCUUUGCUUUGAGAUCCCAAAAGAUGGAAACUAGAACAGUUUAUCCAACCAGUUGUCCCCAUUGAUUGAGCACUUGCCGAGAUCUGCAUUGUGGGCUUCAUAGCCCUCCUGUUUACAAGAUUCUGGCUCCUCACUGUCCUGUAUGCGGCCUGGUGGUAUCUGGACCGAGACAAGCCACGGCAGGGGGGCCGGCACGUCCAGGCCAUCAGGUGCUGGACUAUAUGGAAGUACAUGAAGGACUAUUUCCCCAUCUCGCUGGUCAAGACUGCUGAGCUGGACCCCUCUCGGAACUAUAUUGCGGGCUUCCACCCCCAUGGAGUUCUGGCAAUCGGAGCCUUUGCCAACCUGUGCACUGAGAGCACGGGCUUCUCUUCGAUCUUCCCCGGUAUCCGCCCCCAUCUGAUGAUGCUGACCUUGUGGUUCCGGGCCCCCUUCUUCAGAGAUUACAUCAUGUCCGCAGGGUUGGUCACAUCAGAAAAGGAGAGCGCUGCUCACAUUCUGAACAGGAAAGGUGGCGGAAACUUGCUGGGCAUCAUUGUAGGGGGUGCCCAGGAGGCUCUGGAUGCCAGGCCUGGAUCCUUCACGCUGUUAUUGAGGAACCGAAAGGGCUUCGUCAGGCUCGCCCUGACACACGGGGCAUCCCUGGUGCCAAUCUUCUCCUUCGGGGAGAAUGACGUGUUUGACCAGAUUUCCAACUCUUCUGGCUCCUGGUUGCGCUGUAUCCAGAAUCGGUUGCAGAAGAUCAUGGGCAUCUCCCUCCCAAUCUUUCGUGGCCGUGGUGUCUUCCAGUACAGCUUUGGUUUAAUACCCUACCGCCGGCCCAUCACCACUGUGGUGGGGAAGCCCAUCGAGGUACAGAAGACGCUGCAUCCCUCGGAGGAGGAGGUGAACCAGCUGCACCAGCGCUAUAUCAGAGAGCUGUGCAACCUCUUCGAGGCCCACAAACUUAAGUUCAACAUCCCUGCUAACCAACACUUGGAGUUCUGCUGAGCCCAAAGGGCAGGGCCAACAUUAGGGAGCCCAGCAGGAGGUGCUGUGCUCUGAGAAGACUUCCUGGAGGUGUUUGUUGAACAUAUCUGCAGAGCCUUCCCAGACUCCUGCAAAUCCAACCCAUAUCAGGCUGUAAGUCAGAGCAGGCAACGCAGAAGAGGAGACCAGACUCUGGCACUGCAAUCUGCACUCCUGCUGCAAGACCUCUGCAAGCCUCCUGCUCCUUGGCUUCUGUCUGCUCAUCAGUGAAAUGGGAGAGAGGGCUGGAGGAGAAUGGUUUCUGAGGUCUCUGUUCUCUGUUGUAAUGUCACUCAAACAUUAUAAAAGGAAAUGCAGGGAAAGAAAGAGAACAGCAAGAUUUUUAUUCAUCUGACCUUGAGUGAUAGCACAAAAGAAGCCACCAGCUCCAGUCCCUUCUCCUACAGGACCCAUCAUCUUGCACCCUGGAUGUCCCAGGUCCUCCCUCUCCAUGCUGGACAGGAGGGGUGGCCAGUAAACCCCUGCACUCACCCUAGGUAGCUUCAAGCUUCUGGGUUCUCUGGGUGAUGGAGCGGCAGCCAGAGGCACACAGAAGCUGGGUAGGGAGGACUGUGCUCUGUUACCGACUGGCUGUGUGACUGUGGGCAGGCCUCUUUCCUCUCCUUCUGAGCCUCAGUUUUCCCACUGACUCUGAGUCUCAGCUCUGACACUACAUAGGCUGAGAGCUCCAUAAGGCACCUCUUACUCACCCUUUGUAACUUCAGCCCCUGACCUUGCCACACAAAAAGGGGGCUCCAUAAAUGUUAGUUCAAUAAAUGAGAGAAUUAU